GCGGGCGCAGGGUGGGUGUAUGAGGCCGCCCGCUCCGCCGCCGCCGCCGGUCGCGCUGCGCGAUGUGGCCUUGGACGUGGCCCCGGCGCUGAGCGGCCGCGCCGCCACCAUGGGAGCGAACGCGGGCGGCCCCGCGCUGCCCGAGCGCCUCCGCCUGCCCGUCUGCUUCCUGGGCGUCUUCGCCUGCUACUUCUACUACGGCAUCCUGCAGGAGAGCAUCACGCGGGGGAAGUACGGCGACGGCGCCCGGCAGGAGAAGUUCACGUACGCGCUGAGCCUGGUCUUCAUCCAGUGCGUGAUCAACGCCGCCUUCGCCAAGCUGCUGAUCCGGUUCUUCGACUCGGUCAAAGUGGACCGCACGCAGAGCUGGCUGUACGCCGCCUGCUCGCUCUCUUACCUGGGCGCGAUGGUUUCCAGCAACUCGGCCCUGCAGUUCGUCAACUACCCGACCCAGGUGCUAGGCAAAUCCUGUAAGCCCAUCCCAGUCAUGCUUCUAGGUGUGACUGUGCUGCGGAAGAAGUACCCGCUGGCCAAGUAUCUCUGCGUGCUCUUGAUAGUCACAGGCGUGGCCCUGUUCAUGUAUAAGCCGAAGAAGGGAGCUGGAGGCGACGACCACAUCUUUGGCUACGGAGAGCUCCUUCUGCUGCUGUCGCUGACCUUGGAUGGGCUGACGGGUGUGUCUCAGGACCACAUGAGGGCUCACUAUCAAACCGGCUCCAAUCACAUGAUGCUGAACGUUAAUCUCUGGUCCACCUUGUUCCUGGGAGCUGGGAUACUGUUCACCGGAGAGCUCUGGGAGUUCUUGAGUUUUACUGAACGUUAUCCCAGUAUCAUUUACAAUAUCCUGCUGUUCGGCCUGACGAGCGCGCUGGGGCAGAGCUUCAUUUUCAUGACGGUGGUGUACUUCGGACCUCUGACUUGUUCCAUCAUCACCACCACGCGCAAGUUCUUCACCAUUUUAGCAUCCGUCAUCCUGUUUGCCAAUCCCAUCAGCACGAUGCAGUGGGUGGGGACGGUGCUGGUGUUCCUGGGCCUUGGACUCGAUGCCAAAUUUGGAAAGGGAGUCAAGAAGACAUCGCAUUGAGGAGGCGGCUGAUCUCUGCUGUUGGAAUGAACUUUUAAUUUAUUGUCUUGUACCUCAAAGUCUGUUAUGAAACUGGACUCAGGAUAGGUAAUUAGAAGGGGAAUGUUUGGAUUUUUUUUUUGUUUGUUUUAGUUUUUUAAUUAUGAAUUGCUUCAGUUUUAACUGUAAUCAAGUAUUAUGUUGGGUUUUUUUUUUUUUUCUGUAAUCAAAGCUGCAGUACUAGAUCCUAGCAGCAGGAUGAAAUUCUUGCCUUAACAGGAAAAAAAAAAACAAAACUUCAUAUCUUUAUUAAAGAAAAAGAAACGAU